CACAACCAAGCAAAGCCCAGACGUCUUUAUUUACACGCGCAACGUCGCUUCCACGCGGAAGUUCUGGUAGACCAUGGGCGAUCGUGCCGUGCACUCAUCGCGGGAAGAUUCGAGGAAGCCGGCGGCAGGCGAGUAUCACAGCCGCGACUUCGAGUGGGAGGAGGUGCGGCGCGAAUGGGAAGCGACGUUUGGACCGUUGGAUGGCACCACCCUUGACAUCCAGCGGUCGCAAUGGCAACAUCAAGAAGAGACGUUUGGACAGUUAAAACCAGUGAAUGUAACAGGUGGUGGCAAAGAAUGUUGUUUUUCCGGCGGCAGCAGUUCUAGACAUGAGGCUUCAGGGACGAAUGGGAAAAAGCAGCAGCGGAAGCAGCAGGAGGGACCGCAGCAGCAGCAGCAGCGGGAAAGGCAGCGGCGCAAGCAGGAUGAGAGAAAGAAGCCCACGUUAGACCCUCAAGACGUGGAUGCCAGGUCCGGUACUGCCGAGCCUGGCUCCGAGGCUUGGGACGGGUUUCAUCAGCAGCAUCGGACGGCCCAGUUCUUCAAGGAGCGGCGGUACCUGCUGCACGCGUUCCCUCAGAUCCUCUCGUUAGAAUCACACUCAGCAGAGGGCCAUGCCCCGUUAGAGUCACACUUAGCAGAACGCGUUGCACCAGCUGCUGACUCAGCAGCAUGUGAUUCUCUACCAUGCCACGUGGCAUCAUCUACAUGCGAUCCGCCAUGGAUUUUGGAAGUCGGCUGCGGCAGUGGCAGCUCAGCCGUUGCCGUCCUAAGAGCCACCACCCAAGUCUGCAUGGCAGCGUGUGACAUCAGCCCUACAGCUGUCUCCCUCACCGCCCACACUCUCUCUCACGCCCUGGGAGAGCAGACAGUCAGUCAACGGUUCAGAGGGUUUGUGUGUGACGUGGCACAGGACAACCUGCAGGCCACCCUGAUGUCCAGAUUCAACGCAUCUAGAUUCAAUGCACCUGGUCGGAAUGAAUGCCCUGCAGUGUCUACAUCCAGCGAACCUGCUCCUUUGGUAGCGUCCAGCACCCCUUCACCACCGUCCAGAUCCAAUGAAUCUGUGCAUGGAUGCACCCCUCCGAUGACUCCUCCUUCCCUACGUCCAUUCCGGGCGGCGUUGCUUGUCUUCACUCUCUCCGCGCUGCACCCCGAUCGCAUGCGGCAUGCUCUGAGGCAGAUACACGCGGUGCUCGCCCCGGGGGGCAGGCUGCUGUUCCGAGACUAUGGUGUGUGUGACAUGGUCAUGUUUCGACUGCAGCAGCAGCGGGUGGAGGGGCAGGUGAACGGGCAGCUGAACGGCAAGAAGAUGGAGUUGAGUCAGGAGGGCAAGGAACAAACGGAGCAAGGAAGAGAGGAGCAAGGCCGAGCUGGAGCAGGGGAAGAGAGCCGUCGCGAGCAGCCCCCGAACGAGCCGGGUCAGAGCCGAGUCUCGUCGCCAUGCACUCCGGGGAAUAGUGUGCGCAUGUGCGGUGUCCCAGGCAGUGCCAUUGCCCGGUUGUACGAGCGGGGAGACGGCACACUCGCAUACUUCUUUCAACUGGAGGAGGUUCGGGAGAUGAUGGGUGCUGCAGGGUUUGAGUGCGAGGAGAUGGAGUACUGCUGUGUGAGAAAUGAGAACAGGAGGAAGGGCAGGGAGAUGAAGCGAGUGUGGGUGCAUGGCGUGUACAGAAAGGCACUAGGGUGACAUGCACACGAGGUUCGGGAGCUGAUGGGUGUCUUGGGGGUUCUGCCAGGAGAUGGAGUACUGCUGUAUGAGAAAUGAGAACCGGAGGAAGGGCAGGGAGAUGAAGCGAGUGUGGGUGCAUGGGGUGUUUAGGUAAGUACCAGUAGUAGUCGCAGCCUGAUGCGAAGUGUGAUGCUGUACACGUACGGAAAAUCUUCUGGCUGUUUUGAAAGUGUGAU